GUGUAGCCAGAGUGAUGUCAGCCAGAAAGGUGUGAAAAACUGUUAGGGCGAAAGGAGUAGACGAGGAGAAAGCGCUGCCUGAGAUCCGGGGAAGACGAGGGAUGGUCACUGUUGUCUGCUUACGUCAUUGACGGUUUGCAAGGCUGGACAAUUGCCCAGCCAUGGAAGCUCUUCCACAAUGUCCUCCCAUCAACACCGCGAGGCUGAAGCCUUUCAGGCAAAGGCUCAACAAGACCAUUAUGACCAUAACAGACAGUGGCCAUGUUUCCAUGGAGCUUGUGGGUCAACUAAGUGGUCAGUGUGACGGCCCAGAGGGAGUGAAGGAGCUGUUCCACGUGUCGCCAGAUGGCCUGCAGAUCGAAAUUUACCAGAAUCCUGAAGGAGUUGCCUCCCUGGAUGGCUGCCCCAUGCCGAACCAAGCACACAAGGUGUACUCGUACCCAAACGUGUCAUCCAAGCAUUGGAAGAAAUAUUUACACGCUUAUAAAUUUGUUGAUGUUGUCAAAUCACGAACGUCCAAAGUGUCCUUAGUGACGGAGAGAGCCCGGUGUAAACUCAUGGAGAACUCACCACAAGCAGAUUUUCAAGCCAACUUUAUAGAUGGUGUGAACAUUGUCUUGAGCAAGUCCUCUGUCAUCAUCACGGACAAGGACGGCAGUUCUCUCACCCUGGACGCUGAUGCCCUCAACAGCCGGGUCUGUGACGCCACCAGAGAAAUGAUUGAUUAUGCAAAACAGUGUCAAGCUCAGUGUGUGGAGAUAGAGAAAUCUGUGGGCGUGCUGCACUCUCGAGACUCCUCCAAGGAAUAUUUUCCCAUCACCAUUGGCACAAACAGCGCACCCUUCCACAUCACAACUCAGGUAGCUGGCAAAGAACUCUCAGAACCUUCCACCUCUGAUAACACUCAUUAUUCUCGAGAGAAAUCCUACUCAGUGUUGGCUCCGGAUCACCACACCGUCCAACAACAGAAUUUCCAACACCACGUUCCAGCCUCACCGUCCUCUGAUGGUCCUUGCCAUGGAGAGGACCCUGCCUCUGUCUACCAGAGCCCCAACAAUGCCAGUGAGUUUUCUUACACUCCCGAUCCCUUGUACCUGGGAGUGGACAACCACAAUGUACCUGAGUGGUUUUGUGGUACUCACCCGAAUGAGGGCUUUGAACCGAGUGGAGGAAAUACUCACGAGGUACCAGCACAGUUCUCCGAGUUCGUCGACAGUAGCUGUAGCCCUAGUGUCGCCAGCCACUCAGCAACGAACACUCCGCAGAAACUCAAUUACUCCACAGCUGUGCUAAGUUCUGACCGGCAUGACGUCAGUGCAGGGUCAGGGUUACCGAGCAGUUUGAUGUUGGCCUCAGGUCUUCCAUUGAGCGAUAUGUAUACAGCUCAACAGAUGCCUUACAAUGGUCCCAUCAGUCAUCCAGACUCAAACCGUAAUCAUUUUGGAACUUUCAAUGAGUCCAUUGGUUGUGGAAAUUCCUGUGAUCUUUUCGAGCAGCCGUCCACAGUGCCAUUUACCCCCGUGUGCCAAAGUAUACCCCCGGUAACGCUAAGUGACUACAGUACACCAAAGAAAACUCAACACCCUCAUAAACAUUUACUAGGGUAUAGUGUAGACUCCAACAAGAAGCAUUAUGCCAGACAACAAGAACAGUUGGCCUUUUCAGUGCAAGCUCUUGUCACCCCAGAAAAAGUGAAGAGUGUACGCAAGAAUUUGUUUCCUGACACUUUGCUGACACAGCCGUUACGUUCCCCUGUGCCUACAACAAGUGUUCAUACUCUGGACCCAGAUUUGAUCGCCUGUCGCCCAACUCCGUCUUUAGAACUCUCUGACUGUAGUGACGGUGACGAAUUUGACGUGAACGCUGCCCAAACUGGAGCGACUGCGUCGAAUGAUAAUCCUCCCAACCUUUUUUCGGCACAUGAUGAGAAUUCACCCUCUCUGCCUUUCUCUUCCGUUCGGCAAGGCAGUGAAGUCAUGGCAUCAUCAGACUCUUUAAGUAAGUGCUUUUCUCGAAAUAGUGCGUAUGCAGUUCAGCAUUUUCAACCCAUGGAACAAAAGAUUGACAGCCUAGAGCAAGUUAUGCCAGGACAGAGUAAUUUACCAGAAUCCAUGAAUGAAUCCAUGGGUUCAUUGGUUAGCUUAUCAAAUGCUGUAGCCAUGGGCCAUUCAAUGCAAACUCAGAAAUUAGUAUCCUGUGAUAUUCAAGAAGUUGAAAACUCCCUUAGAAAGUGCCAAACUCCCCUCCCCUGUUCAUCUCCAAAGAAGAGAAUGCCUGUCAGGAAAGUGGCAUGCUCUUCUCCGUCAAAGCUCUCGUCUCUAGCGGAGGACAUGAGUACUUGCUCUCUUGAGUCCCUGAGCUCCAGUGAAAACAGGGACAGCCUUAUUUCCCCAGAGCAAACCCAUCACACUACAGCUGAGAAUUCCUGCAUGGCUUCUCCACUCCGACUGAAAGAGAGCAGGUCAAGAGAAUUCAGUUUGACACCAAAAAUAGAAAAAAUUUCGUCCAGGCCGAGAGAUAACCCAAACCAUUCCAGCUCAGAUUCAGGGUUUCAGAGUCAGAGGAAACCGGCGGUUCCCAUGUCUCCUCAGAAAGAAUUUGUCAUGCCGUCCAUGGCCGACAGAAGCGGUCUUGACCUGUAUCUUCCAACACAGGUUCGCAAUUCCUUGGAUAUGUCCGUGUCCAGUUACUACAGCGACAGUCCCAGCAGCACGCCGUCCUCCGGCUGUGACCCGAUCCGGCAAGUGUUUGUGCCGUACACCGGCUGGGCUUCAUUCUACGCCACGGGCGCGGUCUGGAUUCUGUACAACGACGGGACACAGCUCGGGGUCAAGUCCACAGAGGCCGCCAUGAUCUACAUCGACCAGGACGGGUCCCAGAGCAAGUUCAAGAACGGAGACCCAGUGCCAGAGAUAGUUAAGUUGAAGCUAGAGAAACUCCCGACUGUGAUCGACCUGCUCAUGAAAAGUCCUGCAGCUGGAAGUACAUGAUCUGGCAUUACUGAUCAGCGUCUGUUGAUCCGUUCUAAAUGAACUGCAAAUUACACGUAUAAUUGUGUGUAUCCCCAAACAACUGCACCUCUUUCUAAACAAAACACUACAUCAGAAUUAUAAGGUUCUAUGUGAUCAGUUUUGAGAAAUUUGACGUCAAAGAUUUGGAGUUUCAACAUCAUGUCAAGCUUUUUUGGAAUGCAAUU